AUGACGGAGUACGACUACAGCCCCGAGGCGGUCGAGCGGCACCUGCGGAAGCAGGCGGGCAUCUCGCGCUGGGCGGACGACACCGCGCGCUUCCCGCCCGCGAACCCCUUCGCGCCCCCCACGCCCGUCCCCGGCCAGCGCGACCUCCCCCGCGCGAAGAGCCAGAGGAGACACUCGAGUAGCCGCCGGCACAGGAGCCGCUCGCCGCCGCCGCCGAUGCCCACGCCCGCGCCCACGAGGGAGCGCAGCAGGAGCGUCGUCGCCCCGGCCCGGCCCAAGACGGCCCCGCCCAGGGGGGACGUGUACGGCCAGCCCCAUCCCCAGCCAUACCCGCCACCGCAGCCCCAGCAGCAGCAGCAGUACUACCAGUACUACAUCCAGCCGCAGCCGGGCCAGCAGACCUACUUCAUCCUCGCGCCCCCGCCCCAACAGCACUCCCCGCACUCCCCGCACGGCCACCGGCGCGCCAUGUCCUACGCCCAACAACCGCCUUCUCCUCAAUACCACUAUCCUACCCCCGCUCCGGCCCAGGCGCCGAUGUACGCGCCCCCCCCCCGCGACGCCGUACCCCGGCGGGAACAAGGGCUACGUGUACGUGCCCGGCUACGUCCCGCCGCCGCCGUCCCCGCGCUCGCCGACGACGCCGAAGGAGCCGUCUCUCCUCCGGCGCGUGUUCGGGCUCGGCGACAGGGACAGGGGCCAUGGAAGGAGCAAGAGCGUCGACGCGCGGCGGGGGCCGCGGAGGAGCGAUACGUAUUAGGGCGGCGAGUGCUGUGGACGCGUGGGAGGGGGAGUUAG